CAGCAGCAGCAGCAGGAGGAGGAGGCUGGGGGAGCAGGACCCCUCUGAGGCUGCCCGCACUCGUCGCUACAACCAAACGACCUCACAGGAGAAGCAGCAUGGCUCGUCUCAGCAUCAGUGAGCCGUCCCUCCUCACAACAAAUGAAAAUGUCCUAUUCGAGGGUUUCUCUAGGAAUGGCAACCGUCACACCAGCAUUUUACAAACGCGACCCCCACCUCCUCCUCCUUUUUCAAAGUCAUCCAUCCUGCUCCCCUGCAAGACCUGCCCCCCAUCAAGGACCUGCCAGCCCCAUCAGCAGCAGAUCCAAAGCUGCAGCAGACCGGCCUUCAUUCACUUCACCAAGGCCAUCCAGCCCAGCUCCAAACCAAGACCAGUGAGGCGUCAUUCACACAACCCGGCCUGGAGCGCAGAGACCGGCGAGGGUCACCUGAGACCUUCAGCGAUGAAGUCCCACAACGCUUUGUCUCAGGGAGAGCCUUUGACUGUUGUCGGGAAGCCUUGUCUUCUGAGCUGCAGCGAACGCCCCGCUCAGGGUGCCGCCACAGGUCCGGCUCGCACGCAGCUUCACGUGUUUCUGCCCACGGAGGCUGAAGGAGAGGAGGUGGACAGUGAGUCUGUGGACGAGGGCUUCAUGGACGAGUUAGACGGUAAAAUAACUUCUCUGAAGAUCCAGCAGGGAGCGCCAAAGACAGUUACCCUUUAAAAUAACUUUCUCUGCUAUUUGACUAUCCGGUCGAUAUCUAUAUGGACAGCCUUGCCUGCAUACAUCUUGUUCAUUUUGAAGAUUUGGAUUUGUUUUGAUUCAAGUUGGACUCCGUCAUUUAAAUGAUUGGAAACCCCAAACAAUGAUAUUUAAGACAAAAGCAUGCCUCAAGCUUUGUUGCAGCAGUCUGAGAAAGGCACGUCUCUUCUUUAACAUGACAGCAGCCUCGCGACAAAGCCGGAUCCAUAAACACAGACAUGGUCUCCAGAGCCAGCAUUUGAGCAUCAGUAUCCCAACUUGAGCUUCAAGUCAGAGGAAAACUUUGUGGAAAUGACUUUCAGCUUUGUACAUCAAAGAAAGUGACUCAUGCCGCUGGAUUAAAUUAUAACAACAAUAAUGUGUAAAUAUGUACAUUUAUAAAUGAUUUCUAACAGUUAUGUCAUUCUGUCACACUGAGGAGGUUAAAGGGUUUCUUGUUUCUCGUAUCAAAUUAAAAUUUUCAAAGUCUGAAACCUUGUUUAACAGAACUUGUGUUAAAAAUGUCACUGAUUCAUGGUUUGUACU